AUGCUAACCUCGCUGUGCCUAUGCAGACAGUCAAAGCUUUCCCAAGAUCAGCUUGUCGAGCUGCAGAAGUCGACUCAUUUCGAUAAGAAGGAGCUUCAGCAAUGGUACAAGGGUUUCCUCAAGGACUGCCCCUCGGGUACACUCACCAAGGAGGAGUUCCAGAAAAUCUACAGACAAUUCUUCCCCUUCGGAGAUCCGAGCUCGUUCGCCGAUUAUGUAUUCAACGUCUUCGAUAGCGACAAGUCCGGCACUAUUGAUUUCAAAGAAUUCAUCUGCGCGCUAAGUGUUACUAGCCGAGGCAAGAUGGAGGACAAGCUGGAUUGGGCCUUCCAGCUGUACGAUAUUGAUGGCGAUGGCAAGAUCAGCUAUGAUGAGAUGCUCAAGAUUGUCGAAGCUAUCUACAAGAUGGUCGGUUCUAUGGUUAAAUUACCUGAAGACGAAGAUACCCCCGAAAAACGAGUGAGGAAGAUCUUCCGCAUGAUGGACAAGGACGAGAAUGGAAGUCUAGAUAUGGAGGAGUUCAAGGAGGGUAGCAAACGGGACGAGACUAUCGUCUCAGCGCUAUCUCUUUACGACGGUUUGGUGUAG